AUGGCACUAUUCGCUAGUACCGUUUUCAAUGGAAAUCAGAAACGGCAUUUGGAGAUCUCUCGAGGAAAUGCACCUGGUCUUGUUAAGAGCUUGCACCAAGAAUUAUUAAAGAAAAGGUCAGGGCAAAAGGAUUCGACUUGUAGAUGA